AAGUAGGAUGAUUAAAUUGAUAUACAUAUAUUCUAGUAUAUAGUAUACAUUUCAAUAAUUUUUCUCGACUCAAUUUUCGAAUGGUUUUCCCUAGCAGGUGUUGAGACCUGCUUAUAUGACCAUGGUACUUUCAGGAGGAUUGCGGCUUUUCAAAAUGUCUGUAAAACAGAAAUUCGAAGUUUUAUUUAUUUUGGGUGGUCCUGGCGCGGGUAAGGGAACAUUGUGCAGGUACAUCACUAAAAAAUAUGGUUAUGUCCAUUUGUCAGCUGGGGAUCUGUUAAGAGAGGAACGUAUGAAGCCGAAUUCAAAGUACGGAGAACUUAUCGAAAAUUAUAUCAAAGAUGGAAAAAUUGUGCCAGUCGCAAUUACUUGCAGUCUUCUAGAUAAUGCCAUGCAAACCAGCAAUAGUCCCCAUAAAAGGUUCCUGAUUGAUGGUUUUCCAAGAAACCAGGACAAUGUUGAUGGUUGGAAUGAGGCAAUGUCAGAAAAAUGUGUAAUAAAAGGAGUAUUGUUCUGUGAAUGUAGUAAAGAAGUAUGUACCCAGAGAUGUUUAAAACGUGGUGCAGCAGGAAGUGGAAGGUCUGAUGAUAAUGAGGAAGUUUUAGUCAAAAGACAUGAAACUUACAUUACAAAUACAUUACCUAUAAUUGAGUAUUUUGAGAAGCAAAACUUUGUAUACAAAGUUAAUAGUAUGCAAUCACCACAUAAAGUAUUCGAAGAUGCUAAAGAGGUUCUAUCUAAAAUAGGAUGGUUAUGAAUUAGUAGCAAAUGUUAAUUGAUCUCAGUAAGAUCAAGUUAUAAUCUAUCUGCAUUUAAUGUUAUUUCAUAAAAGAAAAAAAAAUGUACAUAUAUAUAUAUAUAUAUGUAUUGUAAGAAAAUUUAAUUCAUACUA